AGCGGAAGUCCGCCGGGUCGUGUUGUGCUGUGUGUGUGUUUUGGUGGGGAGGAAGCUGGCGUCGUGUUUUUAAAACUGUGGAGGAUUGUUUUUAUUAAAUUAAACUUUUAAACUAAACUAAAUAAUUUGAAGGAAUGCGGGGCGAAGAGUCGUCUGACUCUGAGUGCGGGAGGAUGGAGGAGAGCUCGGUCCGGAGGAGUCUGGAGACGUUAUGUCAGGAGCUCAACAUGGACGAGCAGACUGCGUCUGAGACCAUGGAGAGCUUCACUAACAUCUGGAACACCUACACUCUAGAGGGAGAGGUGGUCCACUGGUUGGCCUGUUCUCUGUAUUCAGCCUGCAGGAAGAGCUCCACUCCCACAGUGGGUAAAGGUUUGAUGGAGGGAAACUGUGUCUCUCUCACCAGGAUCCUCAGGACCGCCAAACUCAGGUGGGUCACAUCUGGAGCUGAUGUUAGAGACACACAGACAUCUGGAGCUGAU